AUGCCUUUGACUGGCGUCCCUCUACUGGAAUGUAGUUGCUGGGACAGAGAUCGCUUUGGCAAAGACUACAUGGGAGAAUUUGACAUUCCGAUCGAAGACAUCUUUUCCAAUGGUCAAAUACAACAAGAGCCGAAGUGGUAUAGAUUAAAGUCCACAAGAAGGGAGGGGAAAAAGUCAAGCACUGUUUCAGGCGAGGUUCUCAUCCAAUUUUCCAUUGUUGAUUCCGCAAAUCCCUCAGCUAGCCCAGAGGAGAUCCGCAAGAAGUUUCUGGCUUACCUCGGUUCAGAGGAAGAAGAUGACGAUCUCUCUCGUGUAUCCACCAAUGUUGACGAUCAAAUUGUUGAAGAUGAAGCGGACGAUGCUGACAUCUUGGAUGACGAUGCCGAUGCCGAUGCCGAUGCCGACGCCGGCACUUCGCAGAAGGAUACCGUGGCAGCACAAAAGGAGAAAAAGAAACGACUAGCUCGCCUCCGGCGUAAAUCGAUCGCUGCCAGGGCCUAUAACCUUCUUGGUGCUGAUAAUGAUGUAUCCGGUAUUAUCUUCUUGGAGAUUAUCAAGGUAACAGACCUACCACCCGAACGCAAUAUGACUCGCACUUCUUUCGACAUGGACCCUUUCGUUGUCGCUGGAUUGGGUAGAAAAAUCUUGAGGACAAAAGUGAUCCGCCAUAAUCUCAAUCCAAUUUUCAACGAGAAAAUGGUGUUCCAAGUCCUGCGUCAUGAGACCGGCUACUCUCUCACUUUUACUAUUAUUGAUCGCGAUAAGCUAUCAGGUAACGACUUCGUAGCCUCGACUUCGUUCCCUAUUCAAAAUAUCAUUCAAGCUGCGCCAGAGGAAGAUCCCGUCACUGGACUCUUUGAUCUUCCAGAUCCACCUGAGUUUUCACCAGCCGUGGAGAAGAAAGAAGGCAAAUCUCGCUUCCGAAUUCCACUUUCUCGGACGUCGUCAGCCAGUAGUCUUUCAAAGCUCGCCCGCCCAGUGUUCAGGCGAGACGACUCCCAGGCAUCCUUGUCGAGUAUGAAUGGAAGCGAGGGUGUUCGUACUCCCGCUCCUACAAGCACGCCGACAGACACUGGCAGUUCACUUAAAGUCCCAACUGCCGCCGACAAUGGAGGGGCCCAACCAGCAGAAGACCCUGGCAUGAAUUCCUACACCAUUCCACUAGAGUUGAAGAAUAAAGAACGCUGGGAGGCUAAGCACAAGCCGGAACUAUUUAUCAAAGCGCGCUUCCUGCCUUAUACCGCUCUGAGACAACAGUUCUGGCGCGCAAUGCUUAAGCAGUAUGAUGUUGAUGAAAACAAACACAUUAGCAAGAUUGAAUUGACCGCUAUGCUGGAUACCUUGGGCUCAACUUUGAAGGAGUCUACCAUAGAUUCCUUCUUUUCGCGAUUUGCACCGGAAAAUACAGAUAUCGGAGAAACCGAUUUGUCAUUCGACCAGGUUGUUAUCUGCCUUGAAGAACAACUCGAGAAGAGCAAUGGGAAAAAAUCUCUUGCCGAACACAUCAAAACACAUAUGGGACCAUUUGCUCAGCCAGCCUCUGUCUCACAAGAUGACAAAGGGACCGAAUCACCACCCUUGCCAGAAACAAGCACUACCCCAUCAACCAAUGAAGAUCCCACUCGCCAAUCCAUUCCUACAAUCCAACAGCCUGCCACUGGUGCAGCAGGUGAGGAAGGCAGGCUGCUUGGACCUGAUCUUUCAGAUGAAGGAGAUGACGAAGAGCACGUGAUAGAAAUCCGUGAAUGUCCAAUUUGCCACCAGCCAAAGCUGAACAAACGUACCGAAGCCGACAUCAUAACACACAUUGCAACAUGUGCUAGUUCGGACUGGAGACAAGUCAACAACUUGGUCAUGGGUGGCUUUGUAACCCAGAGCCAAGCCCAACGAAAAUGGUAUUCCAAAGUCAUCACCAAGAUUAGCUACGGAGGAUACAAGUUGGGUGCUAAUAGCGCGAAUAUCCUUGUUCAAGAUCGGCUGACUGGCCAAAUCAAUGAAGAGCGCAUGUCGGUCUAUGUCCGAAUUGGCAUCCGAAUGCUCUAUAAAGCCCUGGGAGCCCGCGAAAUGGAGAAGAAGAGAAUCAAGAAGAUGCUCAGAUCACUCUCCAUCAAGCAAGGGAAGAAGUUCGAUGACCCGGCUUCAGUGGCCCAAAUCGAAGGAUUCAUUAGCUUCCAUCGCUUGGACAUGUCCGAAGUCCUGCUGCCCACCGAGCAAUUCAAGAAUUUCAACGAGUUCUUCUAUCGUGCCUUGAAGCCAAAUGCUCGACCGUGCAGUGCACCAGAUCGACCAGAAAUCAUAGUUUCGCCCGCAGAUUCUCGAUCUGUGGUGUUCAACACAAUCGAUGACGCGACGAGAAUCUGGGUCAAGGGUCGAGACUAUAGUCUCGAAAAACUGUUUGGCGAUGCCUACCCCCUAGAAGCAAAGCGGUACAAGGGCGGUAGCAUGGGAAUAUUCCGGCUUGCACCGCAAGACUACCACCGCUUCCACAUUCCGGUAGACGGAACGCUUGGAACACCAAAGACGAUUGAGGGGGAAUACUAUACCGUCAACCCCAUGGCCAUCAGAUCAGCUCUCGACGUGUAUGGUGACAAUGUACGAGUACUCGUCCCUAUUGACUCCGUUGCCCAUGGGCGAGUCAUGUUUAUUUGCAUUGGAGCGAUGAUGGUCGGAUCUACCGUCAUCACUCGAAAGCCGGGUGAGCGGGUGAAGAGGGCUGAAGAGCUUGGGUAUUUCAAAUUCGGGGGAAGCACAAUAUUGCUCUUUUUCGAACCGGGCCGAAUGGUGUAUGAUGACGACUUGAUUGACAACAGCUCUGAAGCUCUGGAGACCUUGAUUCGAGUUGGCAUGUCCAUAGGGCAUUCACCCCAAGUGGGCCCGCAUAAGCCCGACAUGAAAAAAGAUGAGGGCGAGAUUACCCUUCAGGAUAGACAAGAGGCCAAACGAAGAAUCGAAGGCAGCUUGGCUCCUGAAGCUGAAUCCGAGGGAUCUAGAACUCCAGGAAUGGCUGGCUUCGGACUGAGUGGAGCAAAUAUUCAUUAA